UUUGCCAUUAGAGCAACAUGGUCAGCAUUAAGUACCUAGCUGUUGUGUUGCUGCUGAGUGGCCUUACGGUGGCGCUGGUUCAGUCGGCAGAUACUGAACUGGAUCUAAGUCCGGAAGGAUAUAAACGCAUGCUGCAGCUGCGUCAUCUGGCGGUGGAGUUCUUUGAUUAUUAUACAAAUUUUACUACAAAUGAUGUAAUACUCACGGAGGGUGGUGCAGGAGAUGCACGCCUGCCCACCGCACAGGAUCGUCAAUGUCUGGCUGAAAUGAUCGCCUUUAGUGCAGCUUUAAAGUCAGGCAGCAUGUGGGCUUUGCGCAUGAUUGACUCAUGGGGUAGACUGCCCUCUGGCUUGCUCUAUGGCAAUUUUCGGGAUAUGGGAAACUUUGACGAGUGCUUAAGGAUUAAAUAUGAAAUGCCAGGCAAAGGAGCACUGCGCGGCAAAUACUGCACUGCUCGCUUUCCCAUUAAACAAAUUAAUAGUAGGCUUAAAAUCCGAACGGCAGUUUGCUUUCCUGCUUCGUGCUCUGGUGCACAUAUGGAAAAAUUGCUGCGCCAGCUGCUGCAACGAUUGCUUAACAUAGAACUAAAUACGAAUACAACGCUUAUAAACGAUGAAAAGUGCCAGACAGCAGAGAAGAAACCGCUCGAUGGCUUAACGAUAUUCACGAUUGUUUUGCUUUCUGUAUUGGCGGGCAUCAUGUUGCUGUGCACGCUUUACGAUUAUUUUUGCUGCCAGGAUCAGCAGCACCUGCCUGCUUUCGUCAAGAUCUGUUCGGUGCGCGCCAACUCACGCGCUUUGUUUCGCAUUACGGACAGUAAGUCGAAUCCGAAUAUCAUUGAAUGUCUGCAUGGCAUGCGCUGUAUGUCUCUCAUCUGGGUGGUCUAUGGACAUGAUUACUCGAUGGCUGCCAUAGGACCCAAUAUCAACCUGUUGGAUAUACCACUUUGGAUCAAGAACUCCUAUAGCAUGUUGCUGGUACACGCGCCCUUCUCUGUGGACACGUUCUUCUUUCUGAGCGGCAUGCUGGUACUAAUGGUGGCGCUGCGUGCCAUGGAGAAAGCAAAGGGCAAAUUGAAUGUGCCUUUAAUGUAUUUGCAUCGCUAUCUGCGUCUGACACCCCCCGUGGCUAUGGCCAUAUUGGUGUACAUGAAGCUGCUGCCAUUGCUGGGCAACGGUCCGCUCUAUAAUGCCAGCGUAGCAGCUGCGGUUGAUCCUUGUAAGAAAUACUGGUACUACACACUGCUCUAUGUGCAGAACUAUGCCACCGAACAACAAUGCAUUCCGCAAACCUGGUAUCUGGCUGUGGAUACGCAGAUGUAUGUCAUCUCUCCCCUACUGCUCUUUGUGGUCUACAAGUGGCGCAGACGCGGUAUUGCAGUCGUUGUGCUGCUCAUGCUCUUGCUCUCUGCUUGCCUCUUUAGCACUAUGGUCAUCAACAACUACACUAUGUUCUAUUAUCAAAAUGCGCAACAGAUCUAUAAUUCCACGCAUACGCACGCCACACCCUGGCUGGUGGGCUUCAUCUUCGGCUAUUUGAUGCAUGAGCUGAGAGGGAAGACAAUCAAGCUGUCGCGCCCUAUGGUCUGGUUAGGUUGGCUGCUGUGCUUGGCAUUGAUCUUCACCUGCAUCUUUGCCACUUAUCCAUAUUAUGCGGGGCCCAAAAAAUUACCCAUACUCAACGAAGCCUUCUAUUUGACCUUUACGAGAAUAGGUUGGCCCUUGGCUCUUGGCUGGGUGGUGUUUGCCUGCAAUUAUGGCUAUGGUGGCAUGGCGAACAGUUUUCUCUCCUCGCCCCUCUGGCAGCCGCUGUCGAAGCUCUCCUAUAGCGUCUACGUCUGGCACAUUAUGAUGCAAAUGCUAAACAUAGGAUUAACACGUGCCGGCACCUACUUCAGUGACUACCAAGUGAUGCUGCGCUUUUGGUAUGAUUUUGGCUUCAGUGUGAUCUUGGCCUACUUCAUGUACGUACUGGUUGAGGCACCUUUUGGCGGCCUUCAAAAUCUGCUGCUGCCUUCCAGAAAGUCAAGUCCACCAGCACCAGUUGCACCUGCCAAAGUGGAAGACGAGCAACCCACGCCUGCAGCUCAACUGAAGCAACAGCUAAGCCUUGAGCCAGAAGCGACCAUGCCCUCUACUUCUGAGCAGAGUACCAAAUUCUAACUAAGCCCUAGCUUAACCUUACUUAAUAGUAGUCCUAAGUAGCUAAUUAAUUUACUAGUCAGUGUAAUUUUAUUGACACAUUGUACAAACUACUAUUAAAGAGAGAAUGCCGAGUCAUAUUUUUGUAGAA